AUGUCACCCAGCAAUCGCGAUCCCGAUGCCGACAUCGAAGAGCCGCCUCGUGAGAAGCGAAGAAGCAGGAAGGACAAAGGAGACAAGACAGACAAGGACCGCGACCGAGAGUCACGGCGCCACCACAAGCACCGGACGUCAAACCCCGUCAUAAGCACUGGCUCUUACGUUUCCCAGUCCAGCUCUGUUCGCCGCCACAAGACCAGGGACUUCUCUGGGUCCAAGAGCCGUCUAGAAGAGUCAGACUCUAUGACAGACCUCGUCCCCGAGCUGAACCGCAGUAGGGAGCGUGUCAGCAUACCCUAUCCGAGUUUCAGCAAGGCACACAGCAGGGAGGCUGUCGGCCUCGGGAGCAAGGAGGAUGUCUCCUCCACCACGUCGGCAGCGGCUGCUGGUGGAAGAGGCACCGGUACAGGGCCGCCGACACCAGAGGCAACUGACAUCGGGGCCGACGAGAUAAAACGAUCCAGGUCGGCCGAUUUUACCGCUAGGAGGGGGUCUUCACGCAAGAGCAACCGUCCGCCGAGCCCACCCGAAACCAAUCUCGAGGAGAAGCGGACGAGAGCCGGCUCGCUGAGGGAGAAGGAGAGCGACAGGCCACGCUCACGAACCUCGGCGGGCUCGAGGCCGACUUCGAGAACAGAUGACAGGUCCAAGGUCUCUCUGAAAUCCAGGACGUCAAGCCAGGCGACAUUCGUCAAGUCACCCACUGCCAAUGCACCACCCUACACCGAGCCGGGAGACGAGGACACACUCGCGAGCGCACGUGGGUCAAGAACAACGGCCAGGACGACCACCUCCAAGAGAUCAGUGUCCGGACAGACAUUAAGGCCGCCAGAGCCCGUCGAGAUUGUCGAUGACUCUCCCGAGUCCGCCCAGGACUCGUCCUCCCCGAAGACGCCUACGAUAGCGACUCCCCAGUUUCCUCCCCCACCCGCGUUCCAUGACGAGAAGCACGGCAUACCACACCACAUCCGAUUCGAACCACCUCAGCCAGUACGAACGCCAGCAACAGACUUCAGCACUGCAACGUCUGCUGCUGCUGCGGCAGCCCCGCCGCCGCCGCCGCCGCCUCCGCCUCUCACCAUCCAGGAAGCCCCCAGGGUCGACUAUCUCAUGCAGAACGGCGGAUUACCGAACAUUGUGCCCAAGAACUUCCUGGCAGUCCUUCCCAGGCAGACUGGGACGAGGCCCUCUAACCCGCCUUUGCGUGGGGCAGAUGUUCUGUUUGCGCCCUUCUAUAACCUGUUGGACAACUACCAGACAGUGCUGAACAAUUCAGGCUCGAUUGCCGUCGCCACAGGACAUCGGACGGUGGCCAGGAGGCUACUUGAUCGGCUGGAGAACGUCUUCAAUAGAGAUCUUCCCGAGGAGGGUUGCAGUUGCAUCAUGUGCGAACGGUCACCAGAGCCGCAUCGGGGCUUAGGCUGGGGUGAGGUCUUGGAGCGUGUCAGUGGUCGGGUUGAGAUACCCUCGUGGCCGCCAUUCGACAUUGGUAUCCUUGGCGUGAAAGCUCGCGAAGACAGGGAUGAUCUUCCAGCACGACCCUCAUCCCCGGUGAAGAUGGAUCCCGACAUAGCGGAAGAAUUCAGAGAGCACUACCUUCAGCAGUCCAAGAAGGUAAAGAUGGCCGUGGAUAAGUGGCUGACAAGCUGCGCGGAAGCUCCAGCGCCACCGCCACAAGAGGUUGACGAUGAGACGUUGACCUUUGCAAUUCUCACAAGUCUCGACCAGGAGGACCGUCCCUUCUUCAACGCUCUCCUCACGGGCUCCAGGGAGCUUCAACCAGCCCUUCGCGCCCCCACGCCACUACGCAAACCUCGAGCUGAUUUCGUCAUCAAGUCUGGCCUGGCCUUGCAACGCCUAUAUCGCCUCUCCCAGGCACCACGCGAUGCCGAGGUUGUCUGCUAUCUGGUAAAGUAUCCCCAGAUGCACGACCUGCUUAGCACUAUAUGCGACAUCAACCCGCCUGAAUGGGAAAUUCUCAUCUCUGGCCGCUUCGACGGCUUUCUCUGGUCCGGCGCUGAGGACGAUGAGGCUGCCACGCCCACAGGCGGACCAUCGCGUGGCUCGACACCAAACUUUUUCGCCCGGCCGCCGUCACGCGGUGCGGCUAUGAGCCCCAACAACAUCGCCCGCCAUACGCCUGCUCUCGGCAUCGGCUCUCGCAACGCGACUCCCUUCAGCCGCGGCGCGACCCCCGCCUCCUUUGUAAGCGGCGCGUCCUCUACUUAUCCGGGCCGCCAUCCCGUCUCCAACGAUGAGGAGUCCGAGAUUGCGGUUCUUGCCGAACUGGAGCGUGAGAUCUAUUUAGGCAUGGAGGCGUUGGAGGACGCCUUCGAGGGCCUACAUCAGCGCGCGGAAAUGGUCCGCACAGCACUGCGGCAGCGUGGAGCAGGUCUCUCAAUGAACCUACAGCACCGUCGUGGGUAUGGGUUCGGCGAGGCGGGUGGUGUUCAGGUACUGCCGCAGAGCGGCGGGUCUGCUUCGGGCCUGGACCGGCCAGCGUGGGCGGAUGAGUCGGAAAGCCUGGCGAGCGAGAGUGAUGACUGGGGUAUGGGCGACGAGUUCGAGCUGCGCCCGGACGACAGCGCGAGUAACAUCAGUAGUUCCAGGCAGAGGAGGCCCAGGAGGAGGGAUGAGAGGAGGACAACGCCGGCACCGAUUCGGGAAGAGGAUGAAGGGUGA